UGACAAAUAUGUCGCCUGUAUUUAAGCCGCCAGUUCAGAGUGAGAGAAAGGGAGACGGGACUGUCAUUAAUACAGUUAUUUCCAAUGCAUAUUUUUUGACUUGCGAUCGAAAUAUUAGCAAAAAUUAAGCAGACCUGGAAAUGCCGUUGACGAAUAGGAAUAACGGUCGGUCAUGGCGUGAUAAGUUCAUGGGAUUUGUGGACUACUUAAAGGAAUACUGCUCAAACUGUAGCCUUGUCGGAUUUUCCUACAUAGCCAAUCACAAAUUGCACUUUUCAGAACGCAUCUUUUGGCUAUUGUGUGUGAUUUUGUCUGUCGUUGGAGUCUCCUAUCUGAUCAGCGAGUAUCAGCGAGAUUUCUCCACAAGAGCUGUGAGUGUUAUCUAUGAGAGUAUAUCAUCUUUUGCGCCAAUCAGGUUUCCAUCCAUCAGCGUUUGUCAACUUCCUCCAAAAUAUGACUUUGGAGGUGGCUUUGAGGAAUAUAUUCAGAGCUUGGGAACAGGCAUGGGUGAGGAUUACAACUUUGACGUUCAUUCCCAUAUGGUUUUCAUAUUGUUCCCUGAUCGAUAUUCUCCCAACACAAUACAGAAGAGAUGUAAGCCAUACGAAAGCUGUGAGGAGUGUGCUAAAUGUCCAAAGAAAGAUUUUCGACAGUUAGCCUUGCGGCUAGGAUUGAAUUGUAGUGGUAUCUUUAAUAAAUGUAGCCUCUCGGGUAAAUCUUUUGAUUGCUGUCAAUACUUCCUUCCAAUGGUGACUCCUUCCGGGACCUGCUUCUUGCUCAACUCGCUGCAAAAUAACGAACAUGGAUCGAAACAUUGGUUGCCGACAACUUUGGAACGAAAUAACCCACCAGAGUUCCACAUGUACCUAAAAAGAGCGGCGAUCUUGAGUUUGUUCAACGAGGAGGAUUUACCCACAUUGUCGUUGCCAGCUGUCACUACGAGUGCCACAUUGGGAAUCCACAAGAUAUUUAAAUUUUACACAGAAGCAUUGGUAAAUGAUCCAGAAAUCGUUGACAUCAAGCCCGAAGCUCGGGAUUGCUAUUUUCCCGAUGAGGUGCCCUCAUGGAGCGUACACAAGGCAUACAGUUUCAGCGCCUGCAUCAGCGACUGCACCAGAUUGGCUCAGUUUGAUAAAUGCAAUUGCUCUCUCUUCAUCUUCAACCCCUUCAACGAUGAGCGCUAUCCCGACUGCGACUAUGAUGGCCUGUUGUGCCUGGAGCGACAUGGAGUGGUCAAACCAAACAUUGCAUGGAUGAUGAAGUACCGACAUCCGGUUGCGAAGUGUGAAUGCUUGCCUGCCUGCACCGAAUCCAAUAUCCAAGCCAUCUAUUCAAAUGAGCAAGUUGAAUAUCCCGGAGCAAAAGACGCCAAUAUAACUGUAUCGAUGACAAUGUGGCCCGAGUAUCAGCUUCGCCGGGUUGCGUUACGCACCAAACUGGAUAUUGUUGUAACUAUUGGUGGCAUUCUAGGUCUCUUUCUCGGUGCUAGUAUCCUUAGUGCUAUUGAGUUUUUCUACUACUUUACGAUUCGUGCAGCAAACACUCUGCAAAUGUCAAAUAGGAAUGUAAAGAGGCGAGCUUGAGUAAGCCGAUUUUAAUUAAACGAGAUGGAAACGAUAUAUAAAUAUAUUUAAUAUACUUACGCACACUGAUAAGAAGUGUCAGAGAUUUACACAAAUUUGUCACCCAUAAAAUUAUCCAUCGAAUUAAAGCUAAUAAAUUAAUAAAACAAUUAAA